AUGAGAAUCUACUUAUGGAUCCUUUUUUUAAGGAGGAAAACAAAGAUGAAUAAAGCCCACUUUGAGUGCAGAGAGAUGAAUGGUGUGUCUGAUGGUGGUGAUGAUGACAUGAAGUUUAUGAAGUACAUUGAUAGAAUUCUCGCGCUGGACCACAGAAGCAGGUGGCUGGAUGGAGGAGCAGCAUGUGCAAUAUGCAAUGGAUUAGAUGAUGAGACAUUGGAUUGCUGUGUGUUUUCUGGAGGAAGGAAGGAAGUGGAGAUUGGAUCUGCGCAUUGCAGGGAGUAUUCCGACGUGAUUAGGCCAAGCGAUUGUAGACUUGCGAGAUUUUUGAUCUGCAAGAGGCUCAACAUGAUGCUUGGGCCUCGGAUGACUGAGGAGUUAUGCGAUGCAGCUCCCGACGAAGAUAAUAUCGAAAUGAAUGAAAUCAAGACGGACGAUGUGAAGCAUAAGAUGCAUAAUGGAAAUCGUGAAAUGAGAAUUGUGUUUGCUGACAGUUGUUUUUAUGAAUGUGUUAGUAGAGGCGUACCUGUAGCAAGAAGUAGGGACGAUAGUUGGAUGUAUGGAUCAGACCAGACGGAUGCAGUGCUUAUGAGAAAAGAAUGCAUGCUGUUAGAGAGGCAUAGGGGUGUGCUUAAGAUGAUUUAUAAUGAGAUUUGUGGCGGAGGAUUUACUGGGGUGGUAGUGAUUGGGGCAUCAAUUAUGAAUCUUCAUAUACCCACAAACGAUGUUAGUGUUGGGCUUUAUAGCGGAGAGAUUGCAUGUGGAGUGAAUGGAUCGUUUUCUGUAUGCUUGAGUGGACUAAGCGGGUCUGGGAUGCAAGUGCAGAAUGUAAGGCUGGAUUCGAUGUAUCGUAGAGAUGAUUUUGAUGUAAGGUUUGAGUAUCAUCGGAUUCUGAUUGCAGGAGGCAGAGAGGACUUGAUGGAGUGGUAUAUGGAGCAUAAGAAUGUGUCGUUGGAUGAGAUGUUUGAUGAGAUUGCAUGUGUGUCGGGGCGCAUUGAUCUUGAGAAGAAUUGUUUGAGAUUUGUGGAGUCGAAGGCAAGCCUGCUUUUUGGCGAAGCUGAUGUGUCUCUGGAAGUGAUAGGGCGUUCUGUGUUAUUUUAUCUGCGGAGGUUUGGAGGAGAAGCGCUUUCGCGGAUUGUGAAUAAGAUGAUAGAAUACAUAGAGGAUGUGAUUGGGACGCUGUGUGUGUGCCGAAGUCGUGCUGAAAGACUGUUGUUUUUGCACGGCACAUGUAUCUUUGUGAAUAGAGUUCUAUUGAUGGAGUCUAGGUUUGGAAGGCGAAUGCCAAGUGUGAUCCGGCUUGAUGGGCUGUGUGAGAGUGUGAGCAGAGAUGAGCCAUGCAGGUGGAUGCUUGGAAGCUGUCUGAAAGGCUUCUGUACUGCUUCUGUAUAUAUGAAAGACUCAGGAGUGCACAAGCUUGUUCGAGUGUGCGAUGAUAAAUGGAGUGUGGAGUGCAAACCGGAACGAGCAGGAGACGAACUGAUUGUGCAUAGCUCAAUUGGAAAGUGCCUGGCUGAUUACCUGAAGCGAGUUGAAGUGAGCCAUGAGCACAGACGAUCGUUGAUGUUCAAGAAGCUAUCGUCACUGUAUGCAGGCUUGAGGCGAAUAUACACAAGGGGAUUGAUUGAAUGUGUGAGUGAUGAGGAGGUUGGCAAAAUGAUUGCUUGUAUUAUCGGGGAGAAAAAUCCGAAGAGUAAUGAGGUUGUUCCACUGUGUACGAUUCUCCGUGACAUAUGCAAGAUGGUUCCUGUUAGGAUAUCUGUUCUUGACAAGGCGUUGGUUGAAUGUGCAGUGCAUGUGGCAGCGGUGUUUGGGAAGAACCUGAGAAGGUAUAUGGGGAAAGGAAAGGGAGACAUUGAGGGGAUAUUUGAAAGGAUGUGCAGGCUGUAUAUGAGAUUGGAUGAGCUGGGGUCUGGAAUACAUAAGGAUGUGUUUAGUAGUGAGGUGCAUUGCGUGAUUGAGGAUGAAUGCCGGUAUCGUCUUGGAAGGAUAUCCUGCAGUGCGAGUAGUGGCCUUAAGCAGCUUGUUUUGUGUAGGCGUGUUUAUGAGAGGCAUGCGAGUUUUCUUGAGAUUGCAGGACUAGAAGUGAACUCUGUGUAUUUUGAAGAGGAGAGGAAGGUUCUGAUGAGGUUUUAUGAUGUGAUGAGAAUAAGGAAGGCAUUGAAGGAUGGAGAUGUGCUCAGGAUGGAGAUAUGCAGAGUACUUCGAAAAGGAAUAGGGAUUGAGGAGAGUGUGCGUAACAGAUACCGACUGUAUUUGUACGAAUGCAUUGUAGAGAAUGUCAAGGAUGUGCCGAAGGAAGACUAUAAAAAGACAAUGAUGGUGGUGAACGAAUGCUUUCUGUGA